AUGUCUAAAGUUUACUUCGACGUUGAAGCUGAUGGCCAAGCCUUAGGUAGAAUCACUUUCCAAUUAUACAACGAUGUUGUCCCAAAGACUGCUGAAAACUUCAGAGCCUUAUGUACCGGUGAAAAGGGUUUCGGUUACGCCGGUGCUCCAUUCCACCGUGUCAUUCCAGACUUCAUGUUACAAGGUGGAGACUUCACCAACGGUAACGGUACCGGUGGUAAGUCCAUCUACGGUGCUAAAUUCCCAGAUGAAAACUUCGCUAAGAAACAUGAAAGACCAGGUCUUUUAUCUAUGGCCAACGCUGGUCCAAACACCAACGGUUCUCAAUUCUUCAUUACCACUGUUCCAUGUCCAUGGUUAGAUGGUAAGCACGUUGUCUUCGGUGAAGUCGUUGAUGGUUACGACGUCGUUAAGAAGAUCGAAAGUUUAGGUUCUCCAUCUGGUGCUACUAGAGCUAGAAUUAUUAUUGCUAAAUCUGGUGAAUUAUAA